AUGACGUCCUUGUUGAGUGAUGAAUUGAAGGACAUGUCCUUGGACAAGGACGAAUACAUUGCCCUCUUGACGAAAUUGAUUGGAGAAUCCAAGUAUCUGCAGAAUAAUCCAAGGCAAAAUCUGGUUCCAGAGGAAGGAAGGGUCGCCAAGCAUGUGUUGGAGGUAUUGGAACCCUUCAAAACGGAAAACGGUGGUCCGCUCGUCAUUCAAGAGUUCGUCUACAAGGAAGGACGUCCCAAUCUCAAAAUUAGCUUUCCAGGAACCAGUGGAAAAUGCACUGGACUUAUUGGCUCGCACAUGGAUGUUGUUCCGGCCAAUCCAGAGACUUGGGAACGAGAUCCGUUUACACUAGAAUACGAUGAAGCUUCCGACAAGUUGUUUGGGCGAGGCACUACCGAUUGCUUGGGACAUGUGGCCAUGAUCACGCUCCUGUUCAAAGCACUGGCAGAGAAGAAACCAUCACUGGCCAGGUCGGUUGUGGCAUUGUUCAUUGCCGGAGAGGAAGGAGGAGAGUCGGGAGUGGGUGUCGAUGCCGUCGUUAAAGAGGGACACAUUGAAGAUCUCAAAAAUGGAACCUGCUACUGGAUUGAUUCGGCAGACUCGCAACCGUGUACGGGGACAGCCGGGGCCUUACAGUGGCACUUGACGGCCCGUGGACGACUCUUUCACAGUGGAUUACCCCAUCGAGGCAUCAAUUCGCUGGAACUGGCAUCGGAAGCACUCGCGAUUGUUCAAAGACGGUUCUACGAAGAUUUCCCACCCUGUGCCCAAGAAGACGAGUACGGCUUUGCCACACCCAGCACCAUGAAACCAACCCAAAUCGAAUGCGCUCAGGGCGCCCUCAACCAGCUGCCGCCCUGGACGACGCUUUCGGGCGAUAUUCGACUCACUCCCUUUUACGACCCUGCCGACGUCAUGACCAAGGUGGAGGGAUACGUCGAAGAAUUGAAUCAAAACAUGGGAACACCGGGUUUCAUUCCCACGAGAGGUCCCUGUAGCAAGUAUACACUGGAAGGUGAUGAUAUUGAUAUCAAGAGUGGAAAAUUGGAACUCAAGUGGGCGGAUACACUGGAAGGAGCCGUUCGACAAAUGGAAGGGAUUGCCUGCGAUUUGAAGUCACUCGGACUACAGGCGCUGAUUGACGCCACUACGGAAGUCAAGGGCGAACCAGCCAAACCCUAUGCGAUUACUGGUAGCCUCCCAUUGGUGAGGCAAAUGCAAAGGGAAGGGUUCGACGUUCAAAUUACGGGGUUCGGAGAAUCCAAGGCAUAUCACGCCGACAACGAAUAUGCCAUCCUUUCCAACAUGAAAGAUGCGUUUCAGAUCUUGCUCCGCGUCAUCUCCAUCUCGGAUAAAUUCUGA